CAUGGCGCUUUCCAGGGACACGGGUAACGUGUGAUACAUGGCCUCUAAUUAGCGUUUAAGCAGCUUACCGUGGCUGUUUUACGGAAAUGUCGGCGGCAAACGUGUGGACUCGCAGCCGGGAAAGGAUGCGACGCUUCCCGGAGCUGCUUGCGCAGUGUGCUGGGGAGGCGGCUGCUUAUGGGAAAUGCGUCUCAGCCACGACAACGGGUCGGCAGGAGCUGAGAAAGGACUCAUGUGUCGCAGAGUUUGAAGCCCUGAAGAAGUGUUUUGUGUCCGCGGCGAAGAAAGGUGGGAAGUAGUUUCCUGCCGCAAAGCCGGGGGUUCGACAGAAGCUUCUGCUGCACGGGAAGCCGGAGAUGACGCUGCGUUACUCGGCAGAAGACCCCAGAUUAGGGAUACUGAACUCACUGGCAGAGUCCCUCUCGAAGUUCUGCAGUUAUGUUUUCUGUAAGUGUACUGAUCAAUGCAGACAUUUUUGUGUAUGACCAACGCAGGGGGCAGUUUGCCUCUGACAUCACAAAAUCCACCCGCGUUUCACGUCAAGAGGACACGAACUCGUUGUAGAGGCUUGUGGUCACGCCUAACAGCGUGUGUAUAAAUUAGAUUUGAUAUGUGCACUGAGUGGAUUAAUGACCUUUUAUUGUCUGUUUGGGCGGCACUGUUGCACGCUUGUAGAAUCAGCUACACAUGUGAAAUGAAGUAGGUGCUGGAAGGGUCCGAGAGGCAGAUGCAGGAAAUAAAUUCCCUCUUAAUGUGAAACAGCCUGUGUGUUCGAUUUUAAAGAAGAAAACACGUUCAGGGCAGGGGAGACGUGAGAUAUGAAGUGUGCAGCUCUGAGAGGGACACAUAAAAGCCCUCUUAAUUACUGCGCAACACGACUUCGCACCGCCAUUCCAGCCCAACAGAUUUUGCGUGUUAAUGCAGCGCAUAUGUCUGAAGCUGUGAUACGGCCCGGUGUCCUCGUUACCGGCCUCCGAAGUGAGAUGGCAACGAUGGGAGAGCCGUAAAACUCUGCACUAAUGACUGGCUGCUGGCGGGGCGGUCUGGCAGCGUGGUAACGGGGAGUCGCCUCGUUAAUGACACAUCCGCCCCUCCCUCUGCCAGAAAGCUUUCACGUUCCGAAACGCGGCACCAGGCGCCUUCCCUGGCAAGACACCCUGCCAUUCCAUCGCUCUUCCGUUUCCUUCUGCGACUUCGCAGGCCUCCAGUCCGUCAGAAACAGGUUUCUCCGAUUUGUACACAGCCCCCGCAAAACGGUCAUAAAACCUUGUGGACGCAUCAGACAUACAUUACAUUUACAUUUAUUCAUUUGGCAGGCGUUUUUAUCCAAACUACUUACAAGUGGCAGAGUACAACACAAGCAAAAAACCGUAAGGAGUCAAUAUUAGAGGCACUGCAUGACCAGGUUUCAGCGGUUGGCCAGACAACGUACAAGCUACAGGCACCCCAUCUUCUGGUGCGGCUCCUUGACUGAAGCGAACCCUUCACAUGUCAGUCUCCUCUCAGCCUUCUGAGUCUCCGUUCUUGUUCCGGUAGUGCUGGGGCACAGAGUCUCAGUGCUGUUGUACUGUCACACUGACUCACCAAGCAGCGAGCCUGGUAAUGUCAAAGCAGUAAAAUACUUUGU